AAACAACUUCCGUUUUAAUUUUUUUUGCCGACUACAAAUCCUUAUUUGAUAUCAAACACAGGUGAAUUGACAUGCAUAAUGGAGAAAAGAUAUUGUUAUUGCUUCUUCUAAGUCUAACAUGCUGUUUAUUUGAUAAACCUGCUGAAAGAAAAAAACAGAUCCCAUUUGCUCCUCACACAGACAAUUAUAAAGACACUUUGUUAUGGACAAUUGAAUUAAAACAUAAUAAAAGUGAACAUGUAGAACAAAUUCCAGGUCACAGUCAUGACCAUCAAGAUGACCUCUAUAGAUUUGGCAAUAUUUACAUACAAAGUGAAGGUCAAACUGAAAGUGACAGAAACCUAGCAAGAAAAGUAGCACCAGAAUGUAAUCUAACAUUCCUUGGACAUAUUGGACAGUUAAAAAAUAUAUAUCUGUUUGGACAUGUCUUAUCUCAGUAUACAGAACAGAACACAACAAAUCAGUUUAUAUAUGUUGACUUUAAAACAUUGAAAUCUGUGAUAGAUGAUAUAGAAACAAAACUAGACAAUCAUGAUAAUGUGGUCUGGUUCCACAGAGAGAAAGUUUUCUCCAGGGAAAAGAGAAGGAUACAGUUCAGUGAUCCAGCUUAUAACAAACAGUGGCAUUUGAAUAACCCUGUUAGUGGUAUGGAUAUUAAUGUAACUGGUGUAUGGGAACACAAUAUAACUGGUUUAGGUAUCACUGUUUCAGUUGUAGAUGAUGGUUUAGAAUGGACAAAUGCAGACAUCACAGAAAACUAUAGUAAAGAGGGAAGUUAUGAUUUGAAUUCUAAUGAUGAUGAUCCUAUGCCUGACGGGAGAGUUGCUAACAACCAUCAUGGUACUCGAUGUGCUGGAGAGAUAGCAGCUGUAGUCAAUAACUACUGUGCUGUAGGUGUCGCUUAUAAAGCUAAAGUUUCUGGAAUACGUAUAUUGGAUGGACCAAUGACUGACAGUCUAGAAGCAAAAGGAUUUAAUGAAAGGAUUCAAGUCAACGACAUAUAUAGCUGCAGUUGGGGACCUGAUGAUGAUGGAAAAACAGUAGAUGGGCCUCAUUUUAUGGCUGCUAAAGCUAUAAGAUAUGGUAUAGAUUUUGGUAGGAAAGGUUAUGGUAGUAUAUAUGUUGUUGCUAGUGGUAAUGGAGGUCGUUUCUAUGAUAACUGUAACUAUGAUGGAUAUGCCAACUCUAUAUAUACUGUAACAAUAGGGGCAGUUGAUGAGAAUGGUAAUAUGCCAUACUAUGCAGAAGAAUGUGCCUCCAUGUUAGCUGUUACUUUUAGUAGUGGAAUGGGAACAAGGAGUAUUGUAACAACAGACUGGAACAAGCAUGGAGCUUCAGGGUGUACAUACUCACAUACAGGUACCAGUGCUGCUGCUCCUAUUGCUGCUGGGAUGGUAGCAUUGAUGUUACAAGCUAGACCUUGCCUUACAUGGAGAGAUGUGCAAUAUAUAAUUGUUAUGACAGCACAAAAGGUUGACAUAGAUUUAGCUCAUUGGCAAAAGAAUAAAGCAGGUUUAUAUCACAGCCACAAACACGGAUUUGGUCUGAUGAAGGCUUGGAGACUAGUUAAUGCUGCAAGGGUAUGGGAACCUGUUCCAUGGUUGACCUCAUAUAUGCAUUCCAGUGGUGAUAUCAAUGUACAAAUACCAAAAGGUGUAAACAAACCUCUCACAAUCAAGUACACAGUUUCCAAGGCAGACAUUGAAGGAUUUGACCUUUUUACCCUUGAAAAUGCACAGUUAGCAGUCACAAUAACACAUCCUACUAGAGGAGACUUAGAAACUGUCCUUCUUUGUCCAAGUGGUACCAGAUCUAUCAUGGGUGCUUACAGAAUGUAUGAUAGAUCUGAUAAAGGGUUGAGUGAUUGGACAUUUAACACUGUAAGGUGCUGGGGAGAGAGUCCAGUUGGAGAGUGGGUUAUAAAGAUCUCUGAUAAAGGAAGAGAUUUUUCUUCUAUUGGAUACCUGAAAAGAUGGAAAUUACGAUUGUUUGGUACAUCUAUGUCUACAGAUAUGUUUCAACAAAGAAGAAGUAUAAUAGAAGAGGCAAUGAGUGGACAGUAUUUGAACCAGAGUUACAUUCCAGAGUGCCAGGAACUUCCCAACACAGCCAAACCUGAUAGUACUGCCAUGAGUGAGAAGACACUAAAGAUUUUGACACUUGCCAGUGCAUUCUGUGUAGUAUUGGCAAUUUACCAGUCUUUUGAAUAUAUAUUCUGUUACGAUGAAGAAAAAAAGCUAGUUUCCAGAAUGAGAAAAGUUUAUGUCAGAGCUCAGCAGCUUUCACAAGGCAAUGACCCAUCAGAAACCACAGGGUUGUUGUCGUCUGCUCAGGAUACAACAGGAAGUAAUACUGAUUUAUGGGAAGAAUAUCCAAUGCAGGAGUUGAGUUCUACAAUAAGUGAAGAGCAAGCUGAUGGAGAUCAGUAUUAUAACCUUCGAGUGGCACUGCCACAACAAGGAGUUUAUACAGAAAGACAUUCCAGUUUUCAGAAUAGUAAUGAUCAGGUUCCAAGUGACCUGCAUGUGGCAGCAACUGAUGGAGCAUGUCAUAGUUCUGGACAUGCUCUAUCAGACAAUAGUGUAGAACGAGAAUCAUUUAAAUGUAAUGAUACAAAUCAUAUAGAACCAGACUUGAAUAGUAUCCAUAAAUGUGCCAACCAAUCAGAAAAUCCACAAAAACCACAUUGUGCCAUAAAUAAAUUACCAACAAUCAGUGAUACAAGUUUAAGUGAUGAUGAGAAUGUUAUUUAUAGUCAAGUUCUUGUAAAUUCUAGUCAUUCAGAUGAGGAGCAUGCUCAUUUGAUAAGUUCUAAGUCUACUUAACAGUUGCCUUUUGUUUAUGAAUUUUGAAAUUAUUAAAUUUUUUAAAACCUUUUUUUAAUGUCAUGUUCAAAUUUUGUACGGUAAUUAAAAAAAGUGUUAUUUUAUUCCAUUCUUACUGAUAAGCUUUGUUUAUCAUAGCUUUUAAGUAAAAUAGAAUAAUAGUAUGGCACAUUUGUUUUGAUCUCACAGUACUUUAUAUGCAAAGUCAGCACUUGAAAUGUUUUGUAGAAAUUAAAAAAAUAUGCUAUGUUUGAACAAUAUUUACAACGAUAUUUGCUAAAAUUAGCGAGUAUAAUCUUUACUUUUAAAAACAAAUACUUAUAUAUGCCAACCUAUUGAAGUAUUCCAUGCUCAGUAUAUCUUGGCAAUUUCACAUAACUGUUUUAAUAGUGGUCUUUAUAUUUAUAUGAGUUUACUGAUUCCAUAUAAGUAUUUUAUAUUGUACUUGUACUAUCACUGAAAUUUCAUAAAAGCUUUAAUAGAUACAAUUUGUUUUUUUAAAUAGAAGAAAAUUGAUACUUACAAAUGUUAUUUUUUAUUUCAAAAUGUGUAUAAAAUCCAUAUCAGAAGUGCCAUGUUUUGUCCAUUAUUAUAUUUCUAGUCUGUUAUUUUUAUUCAAGUGUAUAAAUAUUUUAUGCUAUGAUUUUUUAAAAUUUUUUUUGGUACAAAAAAUAGAUUAGACUGGCUGUGUUAUUAUAGAAAGCUCCUAAUAUAUAGUGCAAUGGAAGUUUUAAGCAUUAGUGGUUGGUGAUGGUAAAAAAUUGAAAAAAUGGGGUUGCUGAAAUAUUGGUUUGAAUUGGGGUUAAAAUGUUAAUAAAGGUUAUUCCUAAACUAUAUGUAUGAGUGUAUACAGGUGCUUUUCUUAAUUAUAUGGUGUUGGUUAAAAAUUUGUACAGAAAGGGUAAAAUCAGUCAAUUAUUCAGGUGAUGAUGUGUGUUUUGUAUGGAAAUGUUAGUAAACAGUGUUAACGAUUUUUUAAAGGGCUUCCCUAAACCCCUUUUUUAAACUUUCUCACAAUCUUAACUAUAUGCUGUUGUACACCCCCUAUUUAGUUUUUUUUUUUUGUGUUUCCUGUUGCAAGUCAAGGAAAUUGCAAGGGACCAGGGGGUAUCAUUUUGUGAGCUUUGUUGGCAGUACCUCUAGUUUGAGAUUCUAGAUUACCUAGUAUGGGUACUGUUGUUUAAGUGCCUACAAACUUAUGCAAUAAAUCAGAAGUUAUUAUGUUUUUUUUAUAUUUAUAAAUUUUUAGUAUAACAUUUAUAUAGAAUUUAAUUUAAAAAAAAAAUUAUUCUAAGUUCAUAGUGAUUUUGUACAGUUGCAAAGCUUCAUUUUAAUGAUUUAAAAUUACACUGUCAAUCAAAUUUAUUUGUUUUGUUAUUGCUUAUCUCAUUAAAAGAUUGCUUUUGAUAAAGAAUUGGGUACAAUAAAUCAGGUUAUUUUAGUCUCAGACUUUGUUCAAAGUUUGGGUCUUAGGGAGGGGUAAGUCAUUGAAUUUUUUUGUCAUUUUCAUCAUUGGCAUUUCAUAGCCUUGUACAAUGCAUUUAAAUAGACAGUGAAAUGUUUGCAUAAUGUACAGUUAAAUCUCUACCACUAACAUUGCAAAAUACCCUUUGUAUGGUAUUCUAAAAUCCCAAUUUUUGAAAAAUAUUAGUAAUCUUUCUGUGAAUAUCCGGGAUCUGGGUAAAAACUGUAUGGGGAGUUAAUUACACAAACUGGUACUUUCUUUUGUAAAUAUUUACUGAAAAUGACUGAGUUCCCAAGUCUGGAAAAAUAGGUGAAAAUUCCUAAAACAACUCUAUAAUAGCAGGUGCACAACUUCAACAUGUCUGCCAUCUCUCUGUGAAGUUUAAGGGAUCUGUGUUGUAAAUUGUAGGAGGAGUUAAUUACAGUUACCACUUUUCAUCGCCCACCAGCCUGCCCAUUCAUCCGUGAUCACCCUACUAAAAGCCGGUUUUAAACUUUGAUCAACCAAGCUAAAAAUGAAUCAUUCAUCUUACACUGUAGUUCUUGAUACUAAAGGGGUACUAGCUGUCAAAUUCGUGUUCACCAAUUUGACUCAAAUUCUCAUAUUUGAUUGAUAACAAUGUCAAACAUUUAUCCAACCUAUUAAAAGUCUAAAAUAAACAGUUAACAGGACAUAGGCAUGAUUACACGUAGCUUCGUUUCAUGUGUAUUUUAGUCUAGACACCAUCUAAUUAACUAUAGAGUUGACUUCCAAAGUCAUCUGAUGACCAUAUAAGCGAUGUAAACAUAAAUAAAGAUAUAAAUAGAUUAAGCGAACUUGUGCUAUUGGAUUUUUCUAGGUCUGUUUAAUUUCAUAUUAUAGAUUAAAAAUAUAUGUUUAUCAUCGUUUUUACCUGUAUAAGAAUGAUUUUUUGUGGAUCGGAUCAGUCAAUCAAAUGAUUUACCUUUGUUUCACUUUCAAUGUUGACAUUCUUUUCCUUUAAAUAACUUUACACAUACAAUUCACGUGUUAUCGAUCUCUAGCUAAGGGGUUAAAUUGAAGUUCACAUGAAUACGGAUUCAAUGAGGUCAAAUUAUUCACUUGCAAGUGAAUAAUUCAUCAUCAAUGUUUCUUAGCUUAUUUUGACAAAAUUGAACCAUACUGGUGGCUAAAAGCGAAUAAUUAUUUCACUAUUUCACUUCCAUUAAUGAUUGAACAAAAAAAAAAUCAUAUAUUAGAUUUUUUAUAUAUCUCGUAGCUAGUGCCUCUUUAAAGACCAGAGUUUACCAUGCAUAAUUAUACUUUUCCAUCCAGACAGUUAGACAAGGCCAUUUACAAAAAUUUCUCAAAAGUAAAAAACAUUUGUAACUUUUGAAACACCUGGUCACUACUUAAUACUGCUUAUAUUCUUUUUUGUAAGGUAAAGGCUUAUUCUGUUUUUUGGUGGGUAUGUUAAAGAUAGACCAUAUGUCUUUAAUGCCCAUAUUCAAUUCCUUCAAAUUUUGUCCGAUCAUCUAAUUAAUAUAUAAAAUAUUCAAGUUAAGUUAUGCCCUAUCACUUUUUAUGAUAUUUAUUAUUUUACUUCUGAGAUAAAUUUGUGUGUAUGUUUUUCUUAUUGGACUUGUACCAUUAAUUGAUGCCCAUAUGUAUUAUUUAAAUAGAUUUGUGAUUUGCAUAAUGAUAAUGAUAUCUUUUUUGUUUGUAUACAACAUACCGGUAUAUCAUUGACUAAAUUUUCCAUAUGCAAAAUGAGACUCCUCAAGUUUCAAUGAACACGUUUCAUUAAGAAAUCCAUUGUAAUUACAUUAUAUUAUAUUUUGCAAUCUGCAGGCCAUAUUGCUUUAAUUUUCAUUGUCAGUUCGAUAUUAGGUCUUUCAGUCGUGGAGAACAAGAAACACUAAUUCCAGUACUUUUGAUUGGUUGAUUUCUGAAUCUGAAUAUGAUAAUCAUACUCAAAAUGUUUAUGACUGUAAGACCAGAUGUUUUGAUCUUAUAUUGAUGAUACGUGUACUACAACUAAUUAUGUUUUAAGUUGAGUGUAGACCUUUGAUUAUUUACUAUACUUUUGUUGUUUCUGUGCUCCAAGAGUUUGAAAUAUAUACUCAAGCAUUGCUGUUUAGCUAGUUUUUAUAAAAUCAAUAUUGCUUGCCUAUUUAUUUAUUUGUUUCCUCUAUUUCCUUUACCUUAAAUAAUCAUUGAAAGACUCAACAGUUUUGGAUAAAGUAUCUAUUAUAUAUCAUUGAAUGAGUUUUGAAUAAUUUAAAUUAAAUUAAGAGAUAUCAAUUUAAGGUCAGUUUUUUUUUAAUCUUUUUGUGAUAUUUACAUGUAUUAUAUAUAUUUGUACUUCUAUUUGCUGUUAUUUAAUUUGCUUUAUCUUAGAAAGUAUAGAAAGUAAUGCAUUUCAUUUUUUCAGUAUUCAUAUGCAGUUCCGAAAUUUCAUAAAAUUCUGAGAUUUAGCAUUAAUGAACCAGUUACCUUUAUAAAAUUCAUUCAAUUAACCCAGGGAAGGCACUUUGAAAUUGGGUAACCAUCUAUAGAGCCAAUUUUAUAGUUUCUCUUAUAUUUUCAUUGUGCAAAAUAAGCUCUACCAUAGUUGAGAUUACAAAGCCUUCCCCUUGGUACCAUGUAUGCUUAUAUGGAACAACCCUUUAAAAUAUUAAGCUUUACAGGUAACCAUUAUUAGAUAAAAUGAAAAAUACUUUGCAUUUCCUGAUAAGGGUUUUACAUUAUUGUAACUGUUGAAUGCAUGCGUUUCACAGAUUGUUACCUUGUGUUCACAUAUUUGAUUUUUAGUGUGUUCAAACUAUAUCCAGUAUGUAUUUAGGGCAAAUUCACAUGCUUUUCAGAAAAGAUUAUUUUUGUAUGAAUACAACUAUAUGUAUUCUUGUUGAUUGUAUUUUUAAGAAUUCCUGUUAUUUUGUGGUGCUAUGAUUAUCAUAUACAUUUGUAAUUGAAAUAAAGGAGGGAUUACUUUUAUAAA